GGGUUUCUGGUCAGCUGAUGAAGGCAGGAGCUGGAGAACCCAGAAGCCGGGCGGCGGGGAGGCUCUAGACUUGAGCUGUCGCCUGCCUCAGCACACCGGCUCCCUCCCUCCCUCCGAAGCCAUGGUCUGGAGGAAGCUGGGCUCCAGCAACUUCUCCAGCUGCCCCAAUGGCUCCAGCCAGUGGAUAUGGGACGUGUUUGGCGAGUGUGCCUGGGAUGUCUGGGACAAGGCCAGCGUGGGCCUGGGCUUGAUCUCCAUUCUCUGCUUUGCUGCGUCCACCCUCCCCCAGUACAUCAAGGCCUGCAAGAUGGGCAACAUGGACCAGGCCCUGUCCCUGUGGUUCCUCCUGGGCUGGAUCGGCGGAGACUCCUGCAAUCUCAUUGGCUCCUUCCUUGCUGACCAGCUGCCCCUGCAGACCUACACAGCCGUGUAUUACGUCUUAGCCGACGUGCUGAUGCUGUCGCUGUACUUUCAUUACAAGUUUAAGAAACGCCCCUCUCUGUGGUCUGCCCCCAUCAAUUCUGUGCUGUUGUUCAUCUUGGGGGUGGCGUGUACCGCCCCACUGCUGAGCAGCGCUGGCUUGGUGGCUGCCCCCAGGGAGGUCUUCCGGGGGCGGACGCUCUUGUCUGUGGAGCCGGGCAAUAAGCCCUUCACGCAGCAGGAAAUCAUUGGCUUCGUAAUCGGCUCCGUGUCCAGCAUGCUGUACCUGCUCUCCCGGCUGCCUCAGAUCCGCACCAAUUUCCUGCGGAAGUCGACCCAGGGGAUCUCCUACUCGCUGUUCGCCUUGGUGAUGCUGGGGAACACGCUGUACGGGCUAAGCGUGCUGCUCAAAAACCCUGAAGUGGGCCAGAGCGAGGGCAGCUAUGUGCUGCACCACCUGCCCUGGCUCGUGGGCAGCCUGGGCGUCCUGCUGCUCGACACCAUCAUCUCCAUACAGUUCCUGAUAUACAGGGAUGCCGCCACCUCAUCAGAGCGCCAGCCACUCCUCCCCAGCUGAGCAGGACCCAGACCCAGGCCAACCCAGGAUGACAGGGACCUGCAGAUGCCCCACUCAGGAAGGGAGAAGUAUGGGCAGUGACGGUGCUGCUGACCCUGGGCUGGGCCGUGGAGGAAGCUGGGGGUGCCUAGAACUCCCAGCCCGACCGCCUACCCCCAACACCUCCAAAACCUCGUGAGCUGACCCUUCCAGAAGCCCUGACUGACGGACUCUUCCAGGAGCAGGUCAGCCCCCAGGGCCAGCCCACCCCGCCUUGGGAUUCACCGCCAGGGUCUGAGGCAACUGUCCCUGGAGCCUGAAGGGAGGGCCUGCAGCCGAGACCUCGCCUCUCAGAAGACAGUGCAGCUGCCCCUCAGCUCACCUACCUCAUUCUGCCUGCUCCCCCCACCCAACCGCCUGGGGAGGAGCCCAGCUCAGCCUGGUGCACCCUGGACUGUACCGUGGACUGCAGAUGGCCUAGUGAACGGUGCUCCCUGUGAGGCCCGUCCUGGUGCUCCUUUCCCGGUGCCGGGCUCUGCGCUGCUCUGGGCACAGUGUUGGAUGGCGAUCGGGGUCCCACCUACAGGCCCCAGUGGGGGCCUAAGGGGUCAGGAUGUGGGAGAGCCAGGCCAGAGGGGACUGUGUCUGCUGGCCCGCCCCUGCCCAGUCUCUUGGGCCUCCAGUUUCUUCAACCUGCUUCUCUGUGACAGGCUCCACACCUGGUGGUGGGGACACAGCAGUGAGAAAGACACUCCUCCAACAGGAUCCCUGCUCCGCGGUGCUCAGCAAGAAGCGGAAUAGUUAAGGUUCAGACUUUGGUUCUGCAUCUCAACUUCUCUGUGCCACAGUUACCUCAUCUGUGCAAUGGGAUGACAGUAUUACCACUUUAUACGUCCUUCUAGGGUUUAAAUAAAAUGGUGUGCUUAUGGAUGUUA